UUCCUCUCAGUGCAGGCAGACCCGGUCGGCUAGGCUGGGCGCGCCACUGCACCCUGGGGCGGACGCAGAGGGACCCCGGCGAUCAAAGGCGGCGAGGAGGAGAGGUUUUAGGCUGACCGAGCUAGAAGCUGAGUGUGUCCUCCCGCAGGGGGGUCCCCGGAGGCUGGACCGCACCAACCCCUGGUUGGGAAAAGCAUCUGGGAAAACGCGCGGCCCCUGUUGGCUCUUCGAGGAGGUGGAGUAGUCACACUCAUCGGAUACUCUCUUUCCCCCUGCAGCCAGUGGCCAAGCCGCCCCUCUGCUGCUGUGAUGUUCGCCCCGGGAUCCUUGCUGCUGUUGUGCGUUCUUGGGCCAUCUUUUUGCUUCUUCUCUGCUCUAGGCCUGGAAUGUGAGAUUGACUGCCAUCCGGACAGAGGAAUCUGUGACAAGGACCAGUGUAGAUGUCGACCUGGUUGGCAGGGACCCCUGUGCAAUGAGUGUGUGCCCUUUCCUGGCUGUCUACAUGGAAGUUGUUCCCUGCCCUGGCAAUGUAUCUGUGAGGACGGCUGGAUCGGAAGUCUCUGUGACAUAGAUCUCCAGUUGUGUGCUGCCAAACCCUGCCACAAGAAUGGGACGUGCAUUGGUUCUGAGGAAGGUGGCUCUAGCUGUUCUUGUGUCCCUGGCUCUUCAGGAAGAAACUGUCAUUUUAAGGAAGGACCUUGUGUUAUUAAUGGUUCUCCCUGCCAAAAUGGAGGAGCUUGCAUUGAUGACAAUGGCCUCGCCUCCUACACCUCCUGCUUGUGCCCGGAGGGGUUCUCUGGCCAUUUCUGUGAACUGGACAUGAACAGCUGUGCCCCGAAUCCAUGUGAGAACGGAGGCGUGUGCACUGACAUCGGUGGAGACUUCCGUUGUCGUUGCCCGCUGGGGUUCAUGGAUAAGACCUGUAGCCGGCGUGUGGGGGACCGCUGUGCCAGUGGCCCCUGUGAGCACGGGGGUACCUGUGUGCCUCAUGCCAGAGGAGGCUUUGAAUGCCUCUGUCGACCAGAAUUCUCCGGGCCCACUUGUAACCAUGGCCACCCAGGAGCCAAGACCAAGAGGGGUCCUGGGCUACCUGACCAACUUCCUCCUGAGACUCAGGGCAGGAUUGCCACCCAUCAACCCAACCAUAGAAUGCUGAAGAUCACCAUGAGGGAGCUGACUAAGAACAGUAAACCUCUGCUUAAUGAAAGCCAGGCCAUCUGCUUCACCAUCCUGGGGGUUCUGACGUGCCUAGUUGUCCUGGGCACUGUCAGCAUUGUGUUCUUCAACAAGUGUGAGGUGUGGCUCUCCAAUGCCAAGUAUAGCCGUCUCCUUCGUAAAAAAAAGAACUUGCUUCUCAGGUACAGCAAUGGUGAUGAACACACCAUUAAUAUCAUCUUACCUGAGAAGAUGAAUCUGAAAUCCUACAGUAAGUGCCUGAAUGAGAUAUGAGCACACAGUGCUGCCCUCACCCAGGCCUUCCUCUAUGGAACCUGCUAGGACAUGUGGUUUAUUUUAAAGCUUGUGAUUGACCUUACUAUCUUGUGUGCUGUGUGGUUAGGAGAAUAGCUCUAUAUCUGUGUGUGCACUGUAUUUAUGCUGCCAGGGAAACUUCCAGACCCAAACAGAGAUGCUCAGAGAGCAAUUUGAUUCCAGCAGCAGGACCGUCACUGGGAUUGUGCAAGUUUUCAGUCUUUCCUUUCUGAAUGAAAAAGAAAUGAUACCGUGGCCAGGACCCUGGGAAUCAUGGCUCUGCCAGUUACUGCCUGUGUCAUCUCAAACAAAUUGCUUCCUUUCUCCGAGCUUCAGUUCCUUCAUCUUUAAAAUAAAGGAAAUUGGAUUAGAU